GUGAGGCAUGACAAGAUUUGUAUCUAUAUGUAGCGGAUUGAAGGUUUCUACUGGUGUUGUAUUUUUAUUCGCAAGUGUUAACUGAGCCCUCGAGCCUUUUCAUGCCCUAAACAAAGUGUCAUUUAUCCCUUCACCCAAAAUUUUAGUUUUAUAUAUCUCAUUACAACUUGAAACUUGUAUGAGAAACACUUAAGUAAAGGUAGAUGCACUAUUUGUAUUUGGAAAGAAAAAGUGUGAGUAGUGUUUCUCAUCUCAUCUUACAUAAAAAUGGAAUCACAAUCCGAACAACUCGAUGUUAUUUUUCUACCACAUCUAACUCCUGGCCAUAUGAAUCCCAUAGUUGACACAGCAAGGCUAUUUGCAAAGCAUGGUGUUAAUGUCACCAUUAUCACUACACAAGCAAAUGCCUUGACAUUCAAGAAAGCCGUAGAUAGUGACUUGUUGUCUGGAUAUUCCAUCCGAUUUUGUGUGAUUCAAUUCCCUUCAGCUCAAGUUGGUCUCCCUGAUGGAGUUGAAAAUUUCAAAGAUGGCACUUCCCCAGAAAUGAUGGGAAAAAUCAGUAUUGGAAUUUCAAUGCUCCGAGAAAAAAUUGAGCUUCUGUUCCUUGAUCUGCAACCAGAUUGUAUAGUCUCAGAUAUUUAUUAUCAUUGGACAGUUGAAACAGCUGCAAAACUCGGUGUUCCAAUACUUUACUAUUACAGCUCAAGCUACUUCUCAAGAUGUUGCUAUCAUUUUAUCAGGAAGCAUAAACCUCACGAGAAUUUAGUAUCUGAUAGCGAGGUUUUUUCAAUUCCUGGUAUUCCAGAUAACAUUGAGAUUACUGCUUUGCAGCUGGACGAAUGGAUGCGGAGUAGGAAUAAAUUCUCAGAUUAUAUGGAUGCAAUAUUUGAAUCUGAGAAAAAAAGCUACGGAACACUGUAUAAUAGCUUUCAUGAGCUUGAAAGUGAUUAUGAGCAACUUUACAAGAGCACAAUGGGGAUCAAAGCAUGGAGUGUAGGACCAGUUUCAGCAUGUGUUAACAAGGGACAUAACGAAGACCUUGUGGUAGACUCAGAAAGUCUUAAUUGGCUUAAUUCAAAGCCAAAUGAUUCUGUUUUGUUUGUAAGUUUUGGAAGCCUGACUAGGCUUUCUCAUGCUCAGAUUGUAGAAAUAAUUCAUGGACUUGAAAAUUCAGGUCAUAAUUUCAUUUGGGUUGUUAGGAAAAAAGACGGAGAUGGAGAUGAAGACGAAGAUGGUUUUUUUCAAAAUUUUGAGGAAAGGAUGAAAGAAAGCCAAAAGGGGUACAUCAUAUGGAAUUGGGCACCACAACUUCUGAUAUUGGAUCAUCCUGCAACUGGAGGGAUUUUGACUCACUGUGGUUGGAACUCGAUUCUUGAAAGCCUUAAUGCCGGUUUGCCAAUGAUCACAUGGCCGAUGUUUGCUGAGCAAUUUUACAAUGAGAAGUUGCUUGUUGAUGUUCUAAAAAUUGGAGUUCCAGUUGGAUCGAAAGUGAACAAAUUUUGGUGGAGUUUGGGGGAGGAUGGUUUGGUGAGAAGAGAAGAGAUUGCAAAGGCUGUGGUAUUGUUGAUGGGAAGUGAAGAAGAGAGCAUAGAAAUUAGGAGUAGAGCAAAAAAACUUGGUGAUGUUGCAAACAAGAGUAUAGAGGAAGGUGGAUCCUCUCGCAACAACUUAAUGCAACUAAUAGAUGAGCUAAAAUCAUACAAGAUAUCAAGUGGGCUUGAGAACACAAACUAAAUAAAUGAAGGAUGAAUAAUUAUGGUGUUUCAGGAUGUGUAGCAGAUACAGUUUCAAAUAAGAUCGUGGAGCAAUGUUAAAGUAAUUUCUGUUUUUAGGCAUAUGGAAUCUGGUUGGGUUAGUGUGGAACGUGUUGUUAAUAUUGUUAUUUUUCUUUCAUGUAGAAAUUUAAAUUUAGUAUUUGAGUAACAAACAAUUUUAAUAACUUUUUAUUGUAUUUCAAGCAUAUUCUGUAAAGAGCAAUAUUUCAUUUAUCUUCUUAUCUUAAAAUAAAUAACACAAGAAUAAAG